AUGGACCAGUUUACUUCCGUAUGCUGUAAACACAAAAGACAAGCUCUAACCAGCAAACCGGAGGAUCCUAGGCCAGGAUAUCCCAGUUCCUUCCCCUCCAACCUCCAAACGCCGAGCCCAGCAACUUCUCCAGGCAUUACUCUGUUCAGCCUCACGGUAACGCAACACAGCGCGUCUAAAAAGUAUGAUUGUCUCUUUGAGAACAUACCCUAUUCUCUGUCUCCGUAA